AAUAAUGCACAGUUUACUUUUUAACUUAUAUUACUGCAAUAUCAUAUACAUUCUCCUAAGUUACGCUCUAAAUCGAUCCAAAAAAAUUAGAUAGGAUAAACAUGAUGUUUCUGAGACAAGAAUGAUUUCGUCUGAUACCAGAGACACCUCUUUCAUUCUCAUCUGAACUUUUUGAUGUUAGCAAUUUUUUCUGAUAUAUAUUUCAGUAACUUCUCACGUAUACUACUGUACUUCAUCCAUUUCCUUUAAAAUUCCUAUUUUUAGCAAUUCCAUCGAUCAAAAAUUUCGUGUUACUAAAAUAUCAAUGACUGUACAUCGUUUUUCCUUCGAAUAAAAAUGAAACCCAAUUUAACUUGUAUUCUUCAACAACCAUUUAUUUUUAACAAUGUUAUUCAAAAACAACGUGUUAUCCAAAAAACUAUUUUAUCACGCGCUUUAAAUACUUCAACUGUACUUUCAUCAGAAAAAUUAUGCUUUGUCGAGAAGUUGGGAGGCGAAGAUAAAGGAAUUUCUAUAAUAAAUAUUAAUAAUCCAGCUACAAAAAAUGCAUUCUCAAGAAAUUUAUUAAGAGAAUUUCGUGAUACUGUGAAUAAUCUAAGAUUCGAAAAUGAUUCUCGUGUUGUUUUAUUGAGAAGUUUGGUAGACCGCACAUUUUGUUCAGGUGCUGACUUAAAGGAACGCAUCAAUAUGUCAGAGUUAGAAAUUAAAGAAUUCCUUCAUAAUUUGCAAGGAGCAUUUCGUGAUCUUGAAAGACUUCCUGUACCAACAAUUGCUGUAAUUGAUGGUAUCUGUGUUGGUGGAGGACUUGAAUUAGCCCUAUGUUGUGAUAUGCGAGUUGCUGGUGAACAUUCCAAAAUUGGACUUCCAGAGACUAAACUUGGUAUAAUACCAGGUGCUGGUGGUACUCAACGGCUGUCACGCGCUAUUGGAGUUGCAAAGGCUAAAGAGUUAAUAUUUACAGGACGAAUAGUAAGCGCAAAAGGUGCACUUGAAGAUGGAAUUGUGAACUAUGCAACAGUGGAAGGUUCAUCGAUGGCAAUUGCAAUGAAUAUCGCGAAGCAGAUUUUACCAUGUGGACCUAUUGCUAUUCGUAUGGCUAAAUUGGCUAUUGAUCGUGGUAGUCAACUUGAUUUAGAUUCUGCAUUGGAAUUUGAACAAACCUGUUACGCUCAAGUUAUUCACACGGAAGAUCGGAUUGAAGGAUUGAAGGCAUAUAAAGAAAAGAGACAACCCGUUUAUAAAGGAAAAUAAAUUAAUGUUUUAAAAAAUUAUUUAUUGCGAUACAU